AUGUCUGCGCUACGGAGAAAAUUUGGAGAGGACUACCAGGUCGUGAACACCAACAGGGGCAGCACUUACACUGCGCCCGUAAAGAAGAAGCGCCAGAGGUUUGUGGAGAAGAACGGCCGCUGCAAUGUUCAGCACGGGAACCUUGGCGGGGAGACAAGCAGGUACAUCUCGGACCUCUUUACCACAUUGGUGGAUCUUAAGUGGCGAUGGAACCUGCUUAUUUUCAUUUUGACUUACACAAUCGCCUGGCUGGUUAUGGCAUCCAUGUGGUGGAUCAUCGCCUACAUCAGGGGAGACCUAAACCAUGGCCACGACCAGUCUUACACCCCAUGUGUUGCCAACGUCUACAACUUUCCUUCGGCGUUCUUGUUUUUCAUUGAGACGGAGGCUACCAUCGGCUAUGGUUACCGAUACAUCACGGAAAAGUGUCCCGAAGGAAUCAUUCUGUUUCUGUUCCAGUCGCUUCUGGGCUCCAUCGUAGACGCCUUCCUCAUUGGCUGUAUGUUUAUCAAGAUGUCCCAGCCAAAGAAGCGCGCGGAGACGCUGAUGUUCAGCCAAGAUGCCGUUAUCUCGCAGAGAGACGGUAAACUCUGCCUGAUGUUCAGAGUGGGUAACCUGAGAAACAGCCACAUGGUGUCCGCACAGAUCAGAUGCAAACUCAUAAAGUCCCGACAGACUCCGGAGGGGGAGUUCCUGCCCCUGGAUCAGUGCGAGCUGGACGUGGGCUUCGGGACGGGGGCUGACCAGCUGUUCCUGGUUUCCCCCCUCACCAUCUGCCACGAGAUCAAUCCCAAGAGCCCGUUCUUCGACCUGUCGCAGCGCUCGCUCAUGAGCGAGCAGUUCGAGAUCGUGGUGAUCCUGGAGGGCAUCGUGGAGACCACAGGUAUGACGUGCCAGGCUCGGACGUCCUACACGGAGGACGAGGUGCUGUGGGGGCACCGCUUCCUGCCGGUCAUGUCCCUGGAGGAGGGCUUCUUCCGGGUGGACUACUCGCAGUUCCACAGCACCUUCGAGGUGCCCACCCCGCCCCACAGCGUGAAGGAGCAGGAGGAGAAGGGCUCGCUGCCCUCGCCCGUGGCCACGCCCACGCUGUGCUCCGGGCGCGAGCGCGUCUUCUCGGCGGACUGCGCCGAGGCGGCGGCGGCGGGGGGUGAGGAGCGGGCGGGGCAGCGGGCGCUCCCCAGCAAGCUGCAGCGCAUGAGCUCCUCGGGGAGGGACGAGCUCCAGCGGAGGGCGCUCACGCUCAGCUCGCAGCCCACCGAGAGGGCCUCCAGCACGGGGGACCUGCCGCUCCGCCUCCAGCGCAUCGGCUCCGCCCCCGGCCACGGCGAGCCCGACGAGCGGCCCGGCCUGCGGGCGCUCAAGGUGGGCUCUGAGCCCGUCAUCCAGUCCGCCGUCUGCCUCAGCCCCGGCUCCGCCCCCGGCCCUAUCCCCGCCCCCCCUGCGGGAGGCCGGCUCGAGGGGAGCCUGCCGGCCAAACUGCGCAGGAUGAACGCCGACCGCUGACGCUGUGUGGGGGGGAGGGGUCUGCCGGCUGUGGACCCCAGGUGGGCGUGGCCAGGGCAGGGGGGUGGGGCCAGAAGGGUCGGUUGACCAGAGCGGACUAUAUACAAAUAAAGGACAAUAAAAUAAAGGAACCUUAUACAAAUAAAGGACAAUGAAAUAAAAGGAGAAAGACAAUCUGAAUGAAAUGUAAUCACGGUUAAGGGUGGAGGACUUAAAACAUGUUGAACUGGGACUUCUGUGAUCUGUGUAGUUCUCUUUACCUUUGACUGCUUAAAGGAAGCACUGCACUGGAGUCCACAUUCAUAUCCACACUGGUACCCCUGUGAUUCCACCCCUUCCCCCCCACAAUCACCCCUCCCCCCGCACUGUGUGCAUGCAUUAAGCGCAAUCUGGCCUUAUCAAAUUCUCAUCUCAUUAAAUGACCAAACUAUAUUUGAACAUAAUAAACGGCACAUUGAGAACUUUACAUGGCUUUAAUUUCAACUUAUUUUAGGGUAAAUCACUUUCAGCCUUUUUUUAUUGAAGCAGGAUUUGUAAUAACAUGCGUGUCCUUUUCUUCUGACACUUAAGCCUGUGGUUUCCACAGUUGUGCGUGUCACUCUAAUCUGAUUGGACACGGUGAUCUGCAUUUCAGCUGUAGCCCCUCCCACUUCCUGUGCCCUUAGUCGUUAGACAGCAUCACAAGUUAUUUUCUGGCACUGGCUACACCUUUCCCAUGCGGCGUUUGCGUGUGUGGAAAAAGGGCGGGUUCGCUCGCCGUUUCCACGCGGUACUUUUGCUCGUUACGACGGAAGGAGAGCGAUCCUGAAGCUCCUGCUUUCGCCGUUCCUUUUUCGGAGAGAGUCAACAGUGAAAACAUCAGGGCAAGCGAUGCCGACAGUGUGCAGGGGUUUCCAGGCUAACCCCCGGGGGGAAAAAAAACACAUUCAUUUUGCUCGCGUGAGUCACGAAUAAUACGUAAGCGAGGAUGCGCUAGCAAGCACUACCAGGAAUGAACCAAAACAAAAGCUUCCUGGCUAUGGCAUUCCACAUAGGAUAGACGCACCUACUUCUGUCGUGCUAGCCCGGACCCCGCGCUGACACACUCUCUCGGAGUCGCUGGGGGCUCGGAAACGUAGCUUUCAGCCUGGGUCCGCUCGCUAUGGAAACGCCUCCGGUGCCGCCGACCCACAGCUCAAGUGGGUCAGUAGAAAAAUUGCUGUAUUCAUCCCUUCCGGAAGUUUCCAAACGUCUCCUUCCAUUUGUCCGCAGAUUGCUCGAAGACAUUCAAGAUGCGCUCGUGCUUCUCUCAAACGACAAUCAAAGCCUGGUCUCUCUUUUUUUACGCGUACAUUAUUUCAAACUGUAUUUCAGUUGGACAUUGUAAUAUACGUUUGUGUGUGGGGGUGGGUGGGGUGUUGACUACAAACUCAAAGUAAAAAUAUUUUAAGUAAUGAUUGACUCACAUCAGGAAAAUAAAUAAAAACAAAGGCAAUUUUGAAAAACG